CAGAAACUGCAUGUUUGUUUCUUCUUACAACUCCACUCCUGUGUUUUAUUGCCAUGCGCUUUCUUUGUAUCUUAUACUAUUUCUUUUAAAUCUAAAUUAUGCCGUAACCUUGCCGUUUUUAUCAGACAUGCGACUUAGAUUUUUAUUAUAUUUCAUUUCACUCUGCCGACUUAGAUUUCUAUUAUUUAUCCACUUUUCUUAUAGAUUACACUAAAAUAAUAGUUAAACUCGAAAUUUUGAAAUCCUGAUUCCGAAGCCACACCGGCAUUACCAGUUGGUUAAUGGUUUAAAUGUUCAAAGGUUGAAUGUAUGCCUAGCAAUUAUACCUCUGAAAAAACGUAAAAGAUAGGCUUUAAAUUUUUGGACUCGUAACGCCAUAAUUAUUUAUGUAAAUUUUCGCCUGUUCUUGAAUCCUUUCUUUCUUAUUAUGCUGUUAUGUUCUUCCUGCACUACAAUGCAACAACAAGCCGGCUUUAGUUUUAACUGUGAUGAUUUUUUUUAGCUUCUUUUCACUGUCUUCAUUAUCUUCAUGUUGAUCCUCCCCUGUUUACUAGCCAUCCAAUCUUUUAUACCCGCCUGUAAAUACAAUAAUUCUGUUAAAAUUCCUGAUUCUUUUUAUAAAAAAAAAAAAAUUACCAGAUUGAAAAUCAAGAUACUGCAAAUCUGCAAUGUCAGCUUCAAGGAAGAGGGUCAAUAUGAGUUCCUCUUCGUCGCAGACCUCACGGUCUAGUGAUAAACCAGCAAGAGAUUUACGAUCAAGCAAGGGAAACUCAAGUUUUAAGCAUCAACAAAGAGACGGAGUAAAUGUGCAGGUUGUUCUGCGUUGCAGGCCCUUGAGCGACGAGGAGGUGAAGGCGAAGACGCCUGUGGCUGUUUCUUGUGAUGAACUUAAAAGAGAGGUCACAGUGUUUCAGAACAUGGGAGCUAAGCAGAUUGAUAAGACAUUUGUGUUUGACAAGGUAUUUGAUUCGAAUUGCAGACAAAAAGACUUAUAUGAUCAGAUUGUGGCUCCUAUGGUUAAUGAAGCUCUCGAGGGCUAUAAUUGCACUAUCUUUGCUUAUGGCCAGACUGGAACCGGAAAGACCUACACAAUGCAAGGGCAAGGAAGAAAAGAUGGGAAGGGCGGAAUACAUAUGGAUGCAGGGGUUAUUCCAAGAGCUGUUCAGCAUGUUUUCGACAUUCUUGAAGCUCAAAAGGCUGACUACAGCAUAAAAGUGUCGUUUAUAGAGCUCUACAAUGAGGAAGUAACAGACCUUCUUGCACCAGCCAAGGGGCUGAAAUUCUCUAAUGACAAAAACAAGAAGCCAGUUGCUCUUAUGGAAUAUGGCAAUGGGGCUGUGUUUGUGAAAGGCAUCGAGGAGGAGGUCGUGUACACUGCAGAUGAAAUAUUCAAUAUAUUGGAGAAAGGGACUGCAAAAAUGUGCACUGCAGAGACACUUGUUAACAAACAAAGUAACCGCUCUCACGCUUUGUUUACUGUCACAAUUCACAUAAAGGAAUGUAGCUCAGAAGGGGUUGAGCUUAUCAAAUGUGGAAAACUGAGUCUUGUUGAUCUUGCUGGUUCUGAGAAUAUUUUACGCUCUGGGGCAAAAGAGGGACGAGCAAGGGAAGCUGGUGAAAUCAACAAGAGUCUCCUUACGCUUGGUCGAGUCAUCAAUGCAUUAGUUGAGAACUCGGGACAUGUUCCAUACAGGGAUAGCAAAUUAACUAGGUUGCUGAGAGAUUCUUUAGGAGGAAAAACUAAGACAUGCAUAAUUGCCACAGUAUCACCAUCUAUGCACUGCUUGGAUGAGACACUCUGUAGUCUUGAUUACGCGCACCGUGCUAAAAACAUCAAAAACAGGCCAGAGGUUAAUCAGAAGGUGGUGAAAUCAGCAAUGAUCAAAGAUCUGUAUACAAAGAUAGACCGUCUUAAACAAGAAUUACAUGUUACAAGGGAGAAAAAUGGCAUCUACAUUCCGCAUGAUUGUUAUCACAGUGAAGAAGCUGCAAAGAAGGCGAUGGCUGAGAAAUUAAGGGGCAUGGAGCUUAGUUUAGAGUUUAAAGACAAGCAACUGAUGGAGCUUCAGGAGCUCUACAUUUAUCAGCAACAAGUAACAGAUAGCUUAAAAGAUAACCUUGAGAAAGUUCAGAGACAACUUGAGGAAAGUGAACAAGCUUUCAAUGGUCUCGAAGAAAGUUGCAGACAAGCCAAUGAUAAAGUUAGAGAGAAGGAUUACUUAAUAUAUAAUGUCCUUGGUUCUGAAAAAGCUCUUACUGAACGAGCAUUAGAGCUUCGAGCUGAUCUAGAGACUGCAACAUCCGAGAUAUCCAGAUUGUUUGCAGAACUUGAAAAGAAGAACGAGAUGGAAAAUGGAAAUAAAGCUUUAAUCCAAAACUUCCAUACUCAGUUAGCUAAGCAGCUUAAGAUUUUACACAGUGCUGUUGAAGUAUCCGUAAAACAACAACAGGAUCAUUUCAAAGAUAUUGAAAGGAAUACAAAUUUUUUCGUCUCAGAGAAGGAUAAGGCAACAGAAGAGCUUCGCCUACAACUUACAAAGCUAAAAGAUAUAUAUGGAUCUGGUUUUAAGCUGCUAUUGAAUUUAGCUGGUGAACUUGAUGGAUCUUCUCACUCAACCUUAAAAAAUAUAAGCUCAGAAUCUUCAAGGCAGUGUUCAACUUUUGAAGAUCUAAUUACAGAGGUCUCAUCAGAGGCCAAUGCUGUACUCAACAAUUUACAGAGUAGCCUCGAUAGUCAAGAGCAAAGUAUAGCAUCAUUUUCAGAACAACAACAUGAGCGUCAUUCCAAGACUUAUCAGACAACUCAAACAGUUUCAAGAACUAUAUUGAACUUCUGCAAAAUGCUAAGCACGUAUAUCUCUAAAGUGGCGCUAAUUAUUGAAGAAGAACAAAAGAUUGAAGACCAGAAGUUAUGUGCUCUUAAAAAGAACUAUGAGGAGUAUGCUGAUUGUGAAGAAAGGCAACUGUUAAACAUGGUGGCAGAGCUUUUAGCAAGUUCAAAUGCUAGGAAAAAGAAACUGGUUCAAACAGCAGCAGAUGACCUUCAGGAAUGUUCCACUAUAAGAACAAAUAAACUUCAAGAGGAAAUUUCAAACAUCCAAGAUUGCACAUAUUCUGCACAAGAAGAAUGUACAGAAUAUGCAAAGAAAUUUGAGAGCCAAUACCUCGAAGAUACUACUGCAGUGGAUAUUGAGAAGGAUAAGAUGGAUAGUGGCCUUCUGUUAUGCAUGAAGAAGGCAAAAAUGGUUUCAGAACGAUGGAAUCAGGCAUAUGAAUCCCUUCUCAGCCAGCAAAGAAGCAAUGUCAACUCCAUUGAUUCCAUCAUCAAAGUUAGCACGGAAUCCAAUCAGAAAUUGCAUGCUCAUCUCUCCACGGUUGCACUUUCAACACUUGAGGAAGCCAAUACAGCCAACAACAAUUCCCUUUCGUACAUUGAGUAUUUGCUGGGCCUCGAUCAUAAAGCAUGUCAGGAAAUCAAAUCACAUACAGUUCCUUGUCAAGACGAUCUGAGAGACAUGGAAUGUGCCCAUUCUCAAAAGAUUGUUGAGAUUUCUGAAAUUUCAGAGAAAUGCCUGAUAGAAGAAUACAUGGCUGAAGAUCAAUCUUGUUCGACAAAAACCAAUAGACCACUCACUCUUCCUAGCAUUGCAUCUAUAGAAGACCUGAGGACUCCUGCAUUUGAGGAGCUUCUAAAUAUCUUCAGAGGAAGUGAUUACUCAGUUAAACAACCAGAUCGGAACAUUGACAAAUCAACAGGAACCACGGAGGCAGCUGUUACUACUGCAAUCAAAUCCAUUGACUCCAGAUAUCCUCUAACUGCUACUAUAUAGAACUCCACAAUAGCUAAGCACAAGUAGUGUUCUCUAAAGAGUCCAGAAUAGUGUUCUCUAGACACAGUCUACACACUCGAGAAAAUAUUAAAACAUUGUAACUGUAACUUUACUUCAUAUAUAUACUUGCUGAGUAUAUAUUUAAAUGAAAUAUUGAAAGAUUAUGCAAGGUGUUUCACUUUUCAGCAUUUGAAUAAUUUUAUAA